GCAGCAAAACAUCAUUCGCUCGCAUCUACUUGCAGUGAACGUUUCUAAUUGUUGAAUCCAAGUGUCGAUUUUUGGCAUAUUUGCUUUCUCGAGUGCUGAGUAUACAAAUAAACAUUUAAUUAAAAAAUGGCAGACAAAGUAGCAUCUCCCGUGGCUGCUAGUCCGGCAGCUACCUCUCCGGCGACUCAAACUACUCCAUCGAAAAAGGCUGCUGCUGCUGCGAAAGCCAAACAACCACGCGCCAAGCCAGCACAUCCUCGUACCGCUGACAUGGUGACUUCUGCCAUCCAGAGUCUCAAGGAACGUGGUGGUUCUUCCCUGCAGGCGAUCAAGAAAUACAUCGCAACUACGUACAAGGUGGACGCUGAGAAACAAGCCCCGUUCAUCAAGAGGUACCUGAAAUCCGCCGUAACCUCUGGUGCCCUGGUUCAGACCAAAGGCAAAGGCGCCUCUGGAUCAUUCAAAAUCGCCGUUGCUAAGGCCGAAGCUCCGAAGCCAAAGGUUCAGCGUGCAGCAGCUAAACCUGCUGCCCCGAAGAAGAAACCAGCUGCUUCUACCGUUGCUACCACCAAAAAGCCUGCUGCGGCUAAAAAAGCAACUGUUGCCAAGAAAGCUAGCGCUGUUGUAGCUGUGAAGGAAAAACGCAAGCCUGCUAAGACUCCGGUGACCAAACCGCUGAAAGUAAAGACCCUCUCAAAAGCGAAAAAGGCCGCCAAGUCACCCACCAGCAAACCUAAGGUUCCGAAACCAAAAAAGGCGGUAGUUGCUGCAAAGGCCGCAAAACCAGCCGCCAAGAAGCCAGUCGCCGCAUCCAAAAAGAAGUGAACAAGCACCACCACCACAACUUGUCUCUAACACCAAACAAGAACGCAAAAUUCAAAACGGCCCUUUUCAGGGCCAUCAAUCUCAUCAUAGCAAAAGAAUCAAUCUGCAUCUAUCCUUCGGGAAUAAUUGAAUUUCCUACUUCCUUGAUAUAACAAUUAUUAUUUCAGCAAAUUCGGUAUUUCCAAUCGUUGUAAACAAACGGAAAAAGUAAUCAUGAAAUGAUUUUACACUAAUUGACAAUUUCAUUGUUGAAUUUCCAAAUUCAACGAUUAAAAUAAGGGUCGUAUGAUUGUUAUAUAUGUAUUCCAAAAGCUCAGAGGACACAGCAGACUUCAUAAGUGAAUUCGUUGACUUGAACGCAGCGCCAGUCCUUGAGUCUCUGCAGACUGCGUCGUAAAAUGUUUUGCGCAUAUGUCUUCAGCUUUUAUUAGAAAGCAAUCCAAUGCUAUUUGAAUGCAGAGAAACAGCGUCUCUUUUAUGCCGACAUCUCAGAAGCUUCUAUUCCGACCACUUAUACCAUUGAUAUAUCGGGCGAUUCAUUUCAAUUAAAGAUGAGGCUCGAUGUGCAAAGAACGAAGAACGACACGAAACAAAGUUUCAUGCAGACUUUAUUGGGUUCGAAGGAGCGGUCACUUUUGAAAUGUAGGGCGACCAAGAAUGUGCACUGAUUGGUCGAUGGCUCAGUGGCUGCACAAGAGUGCCGUCCCAUGUGAAGUACAUACAUUAUUCCAAC